AUGGAAAAUGUUAAUUUAUUUAUCAAGACUGAAAAUAAGAAUAAUAGAAGUUCAAUAAUCGUGUUUGCUAUUGGUGAAUAUCCAACCAGCCAUAAAGAAAGUAAGAUUGAGAUGGUGUUGCUUGUUUCUACAAAUUCUGCUAAGAGAAAUAAUUAA